GGCUGCCCAGGGGGAUGGAUUGGUGUGCAAGUGGGGCUGGCUGCAGGGAGGCGAUGGUAUCCGCUCUGCGUUACCUGUUUUUGCUGCGGCUCGGUUGGUUGGGAGCAGCCACUGGAGUGCCGGGAGAGCUAACCAAUGUCCAGGCCACAGAGACCCAGGCCGUUCUUCUGCCCUGCACUUUUAACCACACACUGGCUUCUGACGAUUUGAAUCUGACUUGGCUUGGUCCGUCUGGGAAGGAAUUAUCGUAUGUGCAUGUCAAGUAUAACCACUCAGAGGUAAAUCUGGGUGAAAAGUGGAGUCUGUUCAUUUACAACAUCUCCAGGCAAUAUGGCAUGUGGUUUACCUGCAGCUGGAAUGGCAUCUCGGGAAAGAAGCACACACUCACAUGGACAGGUGAUGAUGAUGGUGGCGGCGAUAAAGACCCUGAGGACAUUGAAGAGGAAGUGAAAGACAGCAAGAGAGAUGCUGGUUCGGGUAGUAACAGCACCUUUUAUUCACCACUAGCCUGGCGCCAGGCCGACUCCCCACAUCCUGCAAAUGGUAUGGAAUCUUUUCCCUGUGAUGCCCCAAUACCCAGGAACUGGACCAAUGGGACACUCCUCUGGAUUCAGCAUGAUUCAAUGGGCAAAAAGACUGUGCUGGUGACCGUGGCGUUGUGGCGCUCCAUCACUAACCACUUGCUGUUGAUGAGGACCAAUGGCAUCAUUCUGGUGCUGCCAUCGGUGACACCCGCAGAUUCUGGGAACUACACCUGUCAGUGGAAGGAUCAGGCCCUCCAUUUUCAGCUGGAGGUGGCAGCAAAGCCAGCUGCUUGGCUGCAAUUAGGAGCCCAGCACUGGAUAAUCUGGACUGUGGCCUUGGUACAUAUGAUUGCUUGCCUUGGUUGCCUUUUCUGUUUCCUGCGGCUCCGGCGAGCCAUUCGUGUUCGUAGGCAGAUGAAGCUGAGGGGUCCCGUCCGGAGAAGGUACUUCUGUGCCAAGAGGAACAGGCCACAUGCUUCCAAUGGGGUUCUGGUGGUGCCCUCAGCAAAUGAAGAUGUCCGUGAGCAGGUGGAUGCCUUCUCCUACGAGAAUGUGUUGCCAGACGCGGGUCCAAGGCGUGGCUGUCAGCUGCUUCAGAAAGGAAAGAUCCUACCCAAUACCACCAACAUGGAAGAUGAAGAUGAAGAAGAAUAUGAACAUCCGGACAGUGAAACAGAGCUCAAGUCAGAUGAUGAUGACAACUAUGAGAACACCCAGGAAGAAGUGAAACGGGGAGAUGCGGCUUUGAACGGUGUAUCACUUUAUGAAAACAGAAAGGACGAGACCAAAUCCGGCUCCCAGAAGUGGGGCUCAGCUGACCCAUUGUAUGCAAACAAUACUCAGCAGUCCGUGAAGAACCUGGUCAAAGAUCCACUUGCUGAAGAUAGUGAGAACUAUGAGAACUUGGAAGAAGAGCUUUCUGUUUCCCCUGGUGCAGCCCGACUUAUAGCAGGUUUACGCAGGCAGCUGGCCUUGGACCCCUAUGUGGACAAGCAGGAUGGAUGCAGCGAGGCAUCUACAGGCUCCCAGUCCUAUGAAGAGAUGAAUGGGUCCUUGUGCCCCACUUCAAGCAAGCUUCUCCACCUUCCUACCAACAUAAGCAAUGAGGAAGAUGCUGAUUCCUAUGAAAAUAUGGAGAGCCCCAACAGUGUCAGUUCACGGAAGGAAGGCAACAUGGAUUCAUGUGGAGAAGGCACUGCCUUUGGUAUCCCACGGCAACAUCACUCCAUACCUUUCGGGGUUGAUCUUAGAGGGGGGAUGCUGUGCUCAGACUAGAACUAGCCCAAGGCGUUGGGGAGGCAGGCUCAGGAACUUGAACCUUCGGCAAUUCCUUCCCUCUCUCAGCCAGGACGCAAUGUUUCUACCAAGAAACUGGGACCACACAAACUAUUCUUCAUGUCUCGGCACUCCGGAUCCUCUUGGAGCAGAGGAGUGAGGGGUGCUUCCAGAAUGCUAGAAAAGCGGGUCUGGAGAUCGGAUUCCUGGGUUGGAUUUCCACGACUAGGAGCAGUAUGGAGUCCUACACAUCUGAAAUGGAAGCAGAAAGACUGAGCUGGAGAUAUGCAAGCACAUUUUUUUAAAGAGUUGAAAGUAAAGAGAGUGGAAGAAACACACCUUUCUUUUGCUCCACAAUUGUUACCUCCAGCCAAACUUUGAAACAAUACAAAAGCUGAUUUUGUGGGUGUACUAGAGUGGUUAGGCUGAUGUGGGUCUGCACACACUCAUUUUUAGCCAGAUGUAGAUAUUUCCUCAGAGAAUCAAGCUCCGGAGCAAUUGGUCCUUCUUUCCAGAAGCCAGUUGUGCAGAGUCCUGACUGUCAAGCCCUUGUGACAAUCAUGAAGGUACCGCCUUCCUUUCAACCCAACUGGCUGUGCAGAGUGCUAAUUGGCUGGCCCCUACAAUGAUUACAAAACCACACUCUCCUACCCUUGUCAAGCUGUCCAAUGCAUCAUCUGUUUGAGACUUGGUGUAUUGGUUACGAAUAGUCCAACAUUUCAAAAUCCUGUAAGCAGUGUUUAUCCAUAUGGCUCAAUUUUUAUUAUUAUUAUUGCACACUAUUACAAUGGAUGUUGCCCCAGAGUAGGACAAAAGACACUGCUACCUGUAGAGGUAGUUCCACCAGAGCAGAAAAAAAGACACUGUCCGUGUUUCUCCGAAAAUAAGACACCGUCUUAUAUUUAUUUUUCCUCAAAAAACCACACGACGGCUUAUUUUCAGGGGAUGUAUUAUUUUUUAAUUACAUGUCCAGCCUAGCCUCUUCCUUGGCGCCCUCCAGAACUACGCCUAUCACUAUGUCUUGUUUUCAGGGUGUGGCUUAUAUUGCACAAACGCUUAGAAAUCCUGCUACGGCUUAUUUUAUGGGUAUGUCUUAUUUUCGGAGAAACAGCGUAUAUCUGAAUGUAGCCUUCCAUGGACAAAAGUGGAACGAGCACAUACAAUGAGCAACCUCUCUUUCAAACCACCUUCAGCUCAGGGGGGGGAGGGGAGAGAUGACGACAACAACACACAAUUGUCUGUUUCUAGCCUUGAUUCACCAUUGAUUUCAUUGUGAGUUAGUGUAUACUUGUAUUUUCAUAUGGGGAAAGGUAGGCAUUGUCGGGGGUGGGUGCUUUGUGUCUCACAUCUUACUUUGCCAUUUCUCCUGCUGCCAUAUCCUAUGA